AUGAAGGUGUUGGAGAGAGGUAUGGAAGGGCUGAAUCAAGCGGAGGUUGGGACUGGGAUGGGUGUUAAGAGUGUGGGUGUUGCGAUGGAUAUGAAGGCGAUAACGUCUGGGGCUGGUGGUGGGUUUGGGCUUGGUGGGAUUAGGUCUAGUGGAGCUCCGAAUAUUGUGGUGGGGGGAAGGUUAGGGAGGCGUUGUGGCAGAGGAUGGGGAGUACGUGUGUUGUCUAAGAAGAGGGAUCCUUUUACUCAUGUUCUUCUUGAUGCAGUUAUCAAGGAAGGUGAUUCUAUGUUAACAGACAGAGUAUGGGAUGCACUUGUGAAAGCGUUUACUAGCCAAAUGAAGUCUGCUUUCUCAGCUUCGAUUUUCGUGAAAGAAAUAUUCACCAUGGGAUAUCCAAAGCUAGUGUCUAUGAUAGAAAAUCUUCUCGAAAGGAUUGCUCGCGACAUCGAUGUGAAAGGAGUGUUGCCUGCAAUUAAUUCAGAGAGGAAAGAACAAAUGAUCUCACAGGUGUUAUCACACAUUCAAGACGAGAUUGAGGCUGUUCAUCCAGAUGGUCGUUUGACUCUUCUAGUUUUGCGUGAGAUAGGCAAAGCCCUUAGUAACCUUGCUCAACGAGCUGAGUGCCAGAUUUCCACCGGCCCUGAGACUCGCCAGAUAACAGGUCCUGCAACUUACAACACAGAUCAGAAACUUCACAUUAUGUCAGCAUCUGCAAGGAAUCCACACGCAUAUCUCAUCCAUGGUGCAAUAUAUGCUGCUGCAUGUGAGCCAGUUACACCAUUGUUUAAAGCAAUGCGAGACCAGCUCGAAUCAUGCAUUCUUCAGAUCCACGACCAAAACUUUGGUGUUGAUGAUGCUGCCUUGGACAACAACACUUCCCCCUACAUGGAAGAGUUGAAGAGAUCGAUUCUCCACUUCGGCAAAGAGUUCCUAUCUAGACUGUUACCUUCCGCAGCAAGCGCUAGCACUGCAGGGACAGAAUCAAUCUGCACUAGACUUGCAAGACAAAUGGCUUCAAGGGUUUUGAUAUUCUACAUAAGGCAUGCUUCCCUGGUGCAACCACUAUCUGAAUGGGGAAAACUCAGGAUGGCUAGAGACAUGGCGGAGCUGGAACUCGCGGUGGGACAGAAUCUCUUCCCUGUGGAGCAACUCGGUGCACCGUACAGAGCUCUUAUAGCAUUUAGACCAUUAAUAUUCUUGGAAACAUCUGAAAUGGGAUCAUCUCCUCUCAUCCAGGAUCUACCACCAAGCAUCGUCCUGCAUCAUCUCUACACUAGAGGCCCAGACGAGUUAGAUUCACCUAUGCAGAAGGACAGACUGAGUCCAAAGCAGUACUCACUGUGGCUUGAUAACCAAAAAGAGGAUCAGAUCUGGAAGGGGGUCAAAGCGACUUUGGAUGAUUAUGCAGUGAAGAUCAAGUCGAGAGGGGAGAAAGAGUUUAGUUCAGUUUAUCCUUUAAUGCUUCAAAUUGGUUCUUCUUUGACAGAAGGGAACUUAUAAGCUUCAUAAGAGUUCUCUUUUAUCAAAGGGGUUUUCUUCAGUAAUAGUGAUAAAACCUAUCUCUUACAUACUAACAUACAUGUCAUGUGUCUUCUAUAGAGUUCUUUUGUUUCGUUUGGAGAAGCUCUUGCUUCUGUGUUUUUUUAUGUUUAACAUCAUAUUAAAAAGAGUUUUAC